ACCGCGAGUGUAGAAUGGGCAGAAUUUUCCAAUUGGGGUUGCAGGGCGGAACACCAUGACAGUGGCAGCAGGAAUUGGGUACGCUUUGCUAGCCCUAGGCCCCUCGCUAUCGCUCUUCAUUGCUGUCAUCUCCAAGAAGCCCUUCUUGAUCCUUACCGUCCUCUCAAGCACACUGGUAUGGCUCAUGAGUCUGAUAGCGAUAUCCGCAGUGUGGAGAGCUUUUCUUCCACUGAAAACCACAGCUUGGUGGCCGUAUGGGAUUCUUAUACUCUCUUCUGUUGUCUUUCAAGAAGGGCUUCGCAUCCUCUUCUGGAGAGUUUACAAGAGGUUAGAAGAUGUUUUGGAUGCUUUUGCUGACAGAGUCUCAAAACCACGGCUUUUUUUGACUGAUAAGAUGCAAAUUGCUCUUGCUGGUGGUUUGGGUCAUGGUGUGGCCCAUGCUGUCUUUUUCUGUCUCAGCCUGUUAACACCUGCAUUUGGUCCAGCAACAUAUUAUGUUGAGAAAUGCUCACAGAUACCAUUUUUUCUUGUUUCUGCGGUUAUUGCCCUUGGCUUUGUUACCAUUCACACUUUCACAAUGGUCAUUGCGUUCAAUGGAUAUGCAGAGAAGAAUAUAGUGGACCAAUUGUUUGCUCCCAUAGUUCACUUGGUUGCAGGAAUGCUGACUCUCAUAAACCUCGCAUCUGGGGGUUGCAUUGUUGGAAUUCCUCUCCUCUAUUUCAUGGCUGCUUUGACCUUGAUGCACUGUGGAAAGAUGGUUCAGCGGAGAUUGACACAGAACCAAAGCAGGCAGUGAAAAAAUCAAAUGCUGGAUCAGUUUUCUUUCAGGACUGUCAUGUCUGCAGAAAAUGCAUGCUUGUUCAGAACUUUUUUCCCUAUGGGAUUCAGGGAUUCAGGUGCCACUGCCACUAAUCAAUGCACUGGUCGUGUUAAAUUGCAAUUACUCUGUUGAAGCCCGUAGACCAUAUUUGAGUAAUAUACCCACAAUAUUCAGAUGUAACAGCUUGGUUACAACUUACAACCACCAAGUUGUGUAUGAUACUCUUGAGAUAUCAGGCAUUGGAGAUGGAGCAACUCUUAACAAGAAAAAGAAAGAAGAAAAGGGACCUUUUCUCUCAAGCCAGGUAUGAGUUCAUGAUGUUUCAAACGCCAUUUUUAUCAAAUCUCAAGGAGGUUCAGGUUUUUGCCCUCAAGAUUUAGAAGCCUUUUAUAUCAUAAGAGCCUCUUGUGCCCCAAGCAACUUAUUUGUGUGUGUCCAAUGGGCUGUAUAAAGAGAGAAAAAGUUGGGCUUAAAAGGCCAUAUUCAUGCUUGCAGAGAUGUUAUAGUGACCUACUUUGCACCCAAAUUUUUGUUUGCCCAGAGUUUGUGAACUAUUAUGCGUACUUGGUGAGUUUAUUCAUUACUUGCAGAGGCUUGUAUUCCAAAACCAGCAUUUCAAAUUGAAUAAAAACAAAAUAUAUUCAGAAGAUAUUGUAAAUCUCAAUGCAUUUCUAAGUUCCGUAAUCGUUUGAUUUACAGAUGAGAGUAAACUGGACGAACCACUAAGGCUGCAGCUUCACUUGCCAAUUCAAACUUCUAUUAUUACUAAUCAAAAAAAAAAAAAAAAAAAGAAACAAA